AUGUCAGGACGAUUAUUGUUGACUAAAUUUAGUGUUGUCGUGUUGGGAAACGUAAAGUUUGGUUACAACAGAGGAUUUGCUACAACGGCUCUGUCUAGUAUCGAUUCGAAGGACAGAAAUGUCCAAUCAAACAAUCAACCGGUAUCGGAAUUUUACGCGGGAAAAUCUGUUUUCAUAACUGGUGGAACCGGAUUUUUGGGAAAGGUGGUCAUUGAGAAGCUAUUGGAUUCCUGUUCAAAAUUAGAUAAAAUCUACGUACUUGUAAGAGACAAAAAGGGACAAAAAGUAAAUGAACGUAUCAAAUCAGUUUUUGAAAAUCCACUAUUUUCGAAGAUAAAAGAAUCAAACCCUAAAUUACUUGACAAAAUAAUCCCAGUGACCGGUGACCUCACAUACCCCAACUUUGGACUAAAGCCAGAAGAUGAAAAGUCUUUAGUUGAUAAUGUGUCAGUGGUGUUCCACUCCGGGGCGACGAUAAGAUUCGAUGAACCCUUACCGGUUGCCAUGCGAAUUAACUUCGAAGGUACCAGGACGAUGUUGAACCUUUGUCAGCGUAUGAAAAAUAUUGAGGCCUUUGUCUACGUAUCAACAGCUUUCGCUCACACCGAUAAGAGGAUGCUUAUGGAAACUGUUUAUCCUCCACCAAAAACGUUGGAGGAAAUUUACAAGUUUAUUGAAUACCAUGGAGGAGACAAGAGGGAAACUGAAAAGUUUAUAAGCCCGAAACCCAACACAUAUACCUUCACCAAGGCUUUAUCUGAAUCUUACAUCGGGAAGAACCAUGGAAAAGUACCCGCUGUAAUCGUUAGACCUUCAGUCGUAACUCCAGUCAAAGAUGGGCAUGCCAAGGGAUGGUUGGAUAAUUGGUUUGGCAUGACGCCGAUACUGUUUAAUGCUGGCAAGGGAUGGAACCGAGUUGUACGAGCUGAUGCAAACACAUAUGUUGAUUUCAUACCAGCUGAUUACGUGGCUAAUCUGAGUCUAAUUGCAGCGGCCAGGGCUAAAAAUUCACGCCAAAUCCAAGUGUUCAAUUCCGUCUCAACUGCUGAAAACCCUAUGAUAUGGAGGGAAACUUACAAGUAUUUUCUUGAUGAAACUGUGAAAAUUGGUAAAAGUAAGUACUAUAAGGUUUUCAGAAACAUACAAGUUAUAUGCACAAAGACUCCCAAACUAUCAUUCGUGACCUACGUCGGUAGCGAUCCCGCGAUCACGCUCAGUGAGUUUGGAGUGGUGACCUCAACAACCCUGCUAACCUUGCAAUAA